AUGAGUGGGGAUGUAACCCAUGUGAAGUGGUUGCAGACUGUCUUAGAGGCUCAUAUGCCCUAUCUACUGUCCAAUCCAUCAAUGGAGCAUCUCUUGGAACCCAUUAAUCGGAUGAUAGAGAUGAGGUUUGAGACCAUGAAACAGGUCAGUCACUUGACAGGAAGAGUGCAUUCAUUGUUGAACCAUCUGGAGAUUGCCAAGGAUAAGGAGCUCCAGGACAUCUCACAUCAGUUGCCCAUCAAAUACCAGAAAGAUGUCCAAUGCGAACUCAGCGUGGAGUAUUUCGCGCAUGUCUGUCACGACUGCGAGAGGUGGGCCAAGAUGGAGGACCACUUCGACUGCUGCUUCGGAAUCCACUUCGUCCUCCAGGGAACCCUACUGGACCUUCACCCAACAACCCAGCACCUGACAGGAGAAAUUAGAACCAUCAGUCUGAGUUCAUGA